AUGAGCUACAGCAGCGACUUGCGCUUCUCAGCCUCAUCCUACAGCAAGAGGACCAUGGGGGAGUCCUCGUCGUCGAGGCUCUCCUCGGGCGGCCGGAGCCUCCUGCACGGGGCCGGGCGAGCUGGGGCGCCGUCGCUGCUGGGGGCCCCCCAUCACACUGCCCGCGGCGGCGGCACCCGCUCGUCCUACUCGUCGUCGUUCCGGAGGCUGCCGGCCCCUAGCAGCUCGCUGGACCACCUGGAGGUGCUGCUGUCGUCGUCGGCGGCGGCGGCGCCGUCGAGCGCGCUGAGCAACGAGCUGAAGAUCGUGCGCACCAACGAGAAGGAGCAGCUGCAGGGCCUCAACGACCGCUUCGUCACCUACAUCGAGAAGGUGCACCAGCUGGAGCAGCACAACCGGCUGCUGGAGGGCGAGGUGGCGGCGCUGCGGCAGCGCCAGGCCGAGCCGUCGCGCCUCCAGCAGCUCUACGAGCAGGAGAUCCGCGAGCUGCGCUCCAAGGUGGAGGCGCUGCGCCACGACGGCGACCAAGCGGCCCUGGAGAGCCAGCAGCUGGCCCGCGCCCUCCAGCGCCUGCGCGACGAGGCGGCCCACGAGGCCCAGCGCCGCGAGGAGGCCGAGGUGGCGCUGCGCGACGCCCGCAAGGAAGCCGACCGGGCCGCCCUCGCCCGCCUCGACCUGGAGAAGAAGGUCGAGGCCCUCCUCGACGAGAUCGCCUUCCUCCGCCACGUCCACGACGAGGAGGUGGCCGAGCUGCAGGCCGAGCUCCAGGAGGCGCAGGUCUCUGUGGAGAUCGACGUGAGCAAGCCGGACCUCACCGCAGCCUUGAAGGAGAUCCGUACUCAAUAUGAAGUCCUGUCUGCCCGAAACCAGCAGUCCGCUGAGGAGUGGUACAAAUCCAAGUUUGCCAAUUUCACCGAGGAAGCGGCCCGCAGCAGCGACAGCAUCCGCCAGGCCAAGGAGGAGAUCUCGGAGUACCGCCGCCAGCUGCAGGCCCGCAGCAUCGAGAUGGAGGCCCUGCGCAGUGCCAACGAGUCCCUGGAGAGGCAGCUGCAGGAGGUGGAGGAGAGGAACAGCGAGGAGAUCCGUAACAUGCAGGAGACUAUAAACCAGCUUGAAAAUGCCCUGAGGACGACCAAGGGAGAGAUGGCGCGCCACCUCCGGGAGUACCAGGAUCUGCUGAAUGUGAAGAUGGCCCUGGAUAUUGAAAUAGCAGCCUAUAGAAAACUGCUGGAAGGAGAGGAGACCCGGCUGAGCACGGUCACCAGCAGCAGCACAUUCGGCCUCAGCUAUCCUUUCUCCUCAAGCCCCUUGUCCAGCUUCAAGGGCUUCUCGAGCAGCUUGGUUACUGUCAGGAAGGAGGAGAAGGGGGAUGGCCCCGAGGAAGCCAAGGCCUCAAGGGAACCGAAGACUGCGGAGGAGGAGGAGGAGGAAGAGGAGUCUGGAGAUGAGAAGGUGGGCAAAGCGAUGCCCACAAAGUAG